CCGAAGGCAAGAGUAAUGAUAAUGUUGAUGCUUCAGGUCCAAGUUCAACCAUAUUUCGAAGAGAAAGACUCAGCGCAUCGUCCUUUGUUUAUGGAUGGCGCUAUCAACUCGGACUUUUUCCCUGAUUAAAGUAGAAGCGUUUCUUGUCGCCUUUGUGUAUACGCUGUGUUGCAGGCGCUGGUGAAGGUAGAAUUGUAACAAGUGUGGGAGUUGUCCUUUCGAACCCGAAUGGCUUUCCAAAAAAUGAUGGUUCGGACGCGACUGUCAAAUUUUGAGAGCGUCGCCGCCCUCGCGGACGCGGUGGAAGCGCAACGUGAGCCCUUCGCCCAACCAAGCCCAGCGACAUCAACUUCUUUCCCCUACAUUUUCCUCAACAAAUUAUUCGGAGCGAUUUCUCGCGCAGCCAGCAAUGGUGCGGAUGCAGAGUGCGGCCUCCCCACCGACUUUGGCGACGCAGAUUCCAGUUGGCGGGACCUCGUCGGACCGUUUUACGCGGAAUGGGCUGGAUUCAAAUGUGAUUUGGCGACAGCUGACGGCGCGCAUGGUCACGACGAUGGGAGCCUAUCAUGCUCAGUGUCUUUCGAAGAUGACGAAGUAGAGGAAGAGGACGACCUCGUGCAUGUUAAACUUGGGGACUUGGAAGACGGCGUGGAGGACGACAGCAUUACCGCCGUUGGCGAAGACAAACAAAAAUACACCGAAAGUCCACCAGCACGUACGGAAAGCGCAAACGCGAACUCUUCCUCCAGAGCUUCGAUUUUCUUUUCCGAACCAGCAGUGCGGCGACUAGUCGCCGCACUCCGGCUGGUCGAUCCGCGGUAUUUGGCUCACAUUGCCGCGACCGAACGGCGGCGGGAGGUCGCUGCUUCGGGCUGGGACCUGACGAAAGAGGACCGGCGCCUGUUCGCGUUUCUGGGCCGGAAGGACAACAAAACUUCUUCUAGUACUGGUGAUUCGUCAGAGGACGAGGAAAAUUUCUGUGGUGCAGGAGGUGGCGCAACAGGACGGGCAAUAGUGGCUGGCACGAGAAAUGAUGUUGUCGAUGAAGCAAACGUGGGCGCUGUGGGUGCUGAUGUUGACGGAAAUGUACUAUCACAUACGAAGGCGAAAGCUUCGAGGAGGGCGGCGAAGAACAAAGUAUUAGCAGACCCAUCAACGACGGGAAAACACAAAAAGAAUCAGGACAACUUCACGAAGGGCCAACUGCUCAAGGAGGCUCCUAAGGCACCAAAGAUGGACUCGGAGCCGCACGGGCGCGGUUUGCAAGGUGCAGCGGUAGACGCACCACUGGACAAAUUUGCAGAUGCAAUUGUGUGCGCCACAUGCAACAUGGAUUUCACGACAGUGAAAAAACUGCAGGAACAUUAUCGGAAAUUUCCUGAUCACGACCCUGUUGCUGUCGCGGCUGCUGAGAAGCGCGCGAAAGAGGAAAGCCUUUCGGCAACCGGCAAGCAAGAGAAGGGAAACAACAAGCCAAAACAAAAACGGCAUGGACAUAGGAAGUUCUGAUGUAGGUUUGAAUUUUGGCGUUGAUAAUGUUUUGCUGCUGUUGUAGCUACACAACUCUCGACGAACGAGCAAAUUACCUCCUCCUCCAGAACAAAGCGACACUAUUUUUGAACCCCUCACUAAAGUAGCAUAUACUAAGCACACUGAUGCACAAACAAGGAAAAACGCACCGCCAUCACACCAGAUGAGCCAUGAAUUGCGUAGCAAACUUCGGCUUUUUUUUGAUGCGUUUGCGUUUAGUCUUCUCGCCCGAUGUGAAAAGAAAAGCGAUCAAUUCUGAUAUUCUCGGACCUCACGGAAAGAUCAUGAUAAGUUCUUUCGUAAU